AUGGAGACCCUAUACGGGAUGAUGGCUAUGCAAAAGCAGGUUGAGCUUGUGAACGCCAAGGUUCGUACGCUCUCUGACAGCCUUAAUACAGCGAAUAAGGAGAAUGAUGCUUUAGCUGCUCAGAAGACCGGGUUGAUGGUUCAGCUUGGUAAGGUUGAAAAGGAGAGGGACUCGCUGAGAAAGGAGACCGAUUCUCUUCAGGAUGAGAGGAAUGCAUUGCAGCUCGAGAAGAGCGUCUGGCACACCGAGCGGGAAUUCUUUAAGGCUGAAAAUGAAGAACUACUACGCCUUCUGAGUGAUGAGCAAUCCGCUUGGAUGGCCUUUGAGAAAAGGGCUUUAGACUAG